AUGCACACGAAGUUCUCAGAGGAACUAUUUGUGUCCGACUAUUUCAGAGAGCAGGAGCAUCAAGCUCAAGCCCAGUUGCCUGCUGUCACAAUCAACUGGACCGCUGGCUGGGGCGCUGGGGCUGCCAUCGGAGCUGCUGCGGUGGCCGGGGCUGCGGGAAGGAGGCAGGAAGCGAGCAGCAGGCAAGGAUCUCGCCUUUCGUUCCUCUGCCUUCCCUCCGUGACAGGCCAUAAAAGUCACGAGGCAAGGAGGAAAACAAGGAGGUGUCCAGAGUUCAAGCACAGCACCCCCGCGACUCCCGGUCCGCAGCUCCCGGCGGGAGCUGAAAACCCGGCGAACACCGUGGGAUCUCGCUCUUGCGUGGGAGGCACCAUUUCUGCGGGAAGAGGCUCCUGCUGCUGCUUGGCAGCCGAGCCUGGGACCGGGCCUGCGCUCCGGGCCCUCCCUGCUGCCGGCAGCGGGCGGGGGAGCGGGGGGCGGCGGGCGGGACGGGCGCUGCCGUCGGGGCGCGGAGCCCCCGCCAAGGAUGCGGCCCCCGGCCAAGGACGCGGCCCCCGGGGCGGCCCCAGGCCGGGCGGAUCGGAGACCCCCUUCGCCGUGCCCUCGGGGGUACCGGAGCUCCCACGGCGCCCGGGACCCCGAGGGGCUCCGCGCCCCGCUGGCGUCCGCACCGCGCACUCGCACCGGGCCCGCCGCGGGAGGAGCGACGCUCGCCUUCCCCGGAGAUCCCUCCUCCCGUCCCCCUCGGGUCCUAAAAUGCUAAAUCCUUGUGCAAAUCUGAAGCCGAGCCCUCAUGCUGCAGUAAAUUGUUGCCCAGCCCAUGAUACCUUUCACAUCCCUGUGCAGUGUCUUUGUACAAGUCCUGGAGGUGGAGAUCUCCAAGCCUGGAUGUGUGAUAGUGGAGUGCCCCCUCAUGGGAAGCUGUUCCUGAUGCUGAUUCCUGGCUGCAUCCAGGUACUGAUGACAAAUUCCCCUGCAAGCUCAGACAUCAAUCCAUGGAAGAGUGAGUGUCAGGAGCCUGGUUAUGGAGCCAUGGGGCCUUUGCUGGAGAGUGCUGCUGCAGUCAUGAUCAUCAUAAAAAAAGGAAAACACACAAAUGGACCAUGCAAAGUAAGAUGGUUUGUGGUUUGACUUAAUGACCUUAAAAGUGCUUUCCAACCUAAAAGAUUCUGAGUAGUUUUGUUUGACCUCAUUGCAGCCUUCCAGCAUCUGAAGGGAGCCUGCAGAAAACAUGGAGAGAGACUAUUUACAAGGGCCUGGAGUGACAUGACAAGGGGCAAUGGCUUCACACUGACCGAGAGGAGUUUAGGUUGGAUAUGAGGAAGAAAUUCUUCCCUGUGAGGGUGGUGAGGCCCUGGCACAGGUUGCCCAGAGAAGCUGUGGCUACCCCAUCUCUGGAACUGUUCAAGGCCAGGUUGGAUGGGGCUUGGAGCAGCCUGGGAUAGUGGAAGGUGAUAGGGAGGUUGGAACCAGAUGAUCUUUAAAGGUUCCUUCCAACCUAAACCAUUCUAUUGCGUGAAUCCUUUCUGUACUUCUGCCUUUGGAUGGUACUAAGUCUUGAUGGAACAACAUCUCCACAAUUCCCUGCCCACAGCAGCAGUUGGUCAGGCACCAAGGAGCGUGUCAUAUACGUCAGUAAGUGAUUUUAAUUGACUAAAUAGAUUUUUUUGCUUCUGAAUAAAUCUAUAAAUUUUUAACUAUA